CAGGCUGCAUGUGUACCCGUGGUACUCAGUAACGGCUGGGAGAUGCCCUUCUCAGAGAUCAUCGACUGGAACACAGCAGCUGUGAUUGGGGACGAACGACUGCUUCUACAGAUUCCGUCUACGGUGCGUUCCAUUCACCAGGACAAGAUCUUGUCUCUCAGACAGCAGACCCAGUUCCUGUGGGAGGCCUACUUCUCUUCUGUAGAGAGGAUAGUACUUACAACACUAGAGAUCAUCCAUGACCGGGUGCUCCAGCAUGCAGCCCGUAGUAACCUGAUGUGGAACAGUCUUCCUGGAGGUCUCUACUCCCUCCCUCAGUACUCCUCAUACCUGGGAGACUUCCCUUUCCACUACGCUAAGCUAGGUAUCAAGCCUCGUCCCAAGUUCACUGCGGUCAUCCAUGUUGUGACUCCCCUGGUCUCCCAGUCCCAGCCAGUCCUCAAGCUACUGGUGGCUGUCGCCAAGUCCCAGUACUGUGUCCAGGUGAUAAUCCUAUGGAACUGUGACAAGCCCCUCCCGGCCAAACACCGCUGGCCUGCCACCUCUGUACCUGUCCUGGUCAUAGAGGGGGAGAGCAAGGUGAUGAGCAGUCGUUUCCUGCCCUAUGACACCAUACCAACAGACGCCGUUCUAAGUCUGGACGAGGAUACCGUUCUCUCUACUACUGAGGUGGACUUUGCUUUCACAGUGUGGCAGAGUUUCCCAGAGAGGAUUGUGGGAUACCCGGCCAGGAGUCAUUUCUGGGACAGCAACAAGGAGAGGUGGGGUUACACCUCCAAGUGGACCAACGACUACUCUAUGGUCCUGACAGGAGCUGCUAUAUACCACAGAUAUUACCACUACCUGUAUACCAACUACCUGCCGGCCAGUCUGAGGGGCCUGGUGGACCAGCUGUCUAACUGUGAAGACAUCCUGAUGAACUUCCUGGUGUCAGCCAUCACCAAGCUGCCUCCCAUCAAGGUCACCCAGAAGAAACAGUACAAGGAGACCAUGAUGGUGCAGACCUCCAAAGCGUCUCGAUGGGCCGACCCAGACCACUUUGCCCAGCGGCAGAGCUGCAUGAAUAAGUUUGCCAGCUGGUUUGGCAGCAUGCCCCUGGUGCACUCUAAUAUGCGACUGGACCCAGUGCUGUUUAAAGACCAGGUGUCCAUACUGAGAAAGAAAUACACGGACAUAGAAAGACUAUAACAACCUGAUCCCCUCUGUCUCCAUGGUGGAGUGUAGAGAGACAGAGAGACUAGAACAGCCUGAUCCCCUCUGUCUCCAUGGUGGAAUGUAGAGAGACAGAGAGACUAGAACAGCCUGAUCCCCUCUGUCUCCAUGGUGGAGUGUAGAGAGACAGAGAGACUAGAACAGCCUGAUCCCCUCUGUCUCCAUGGUGGAGUGUAGAGAGACAGAGAGACUAGAACAGCCUGAUCCCCUCUGUCUCCAUGGUGGAGUGGAGAGAGACAGAGAGACUAGAACAGCCCUGAUCCCUCUGUCUCCAUGGUGGAGUGGAGAGAGACUAGAACAGCCUGAUCCCCUCUGUCUCCAUGGUGGAGUGUAGAGAGACAGAGAGACUAGAACAGCCUGAUCCCCUCUGUCUCCAUGGUGGAGUGUAGAGAGACAGAGAGACUAGAACAGCCUGAUCCCCUCUGUCUCCAUGGUGGAGUGUAGAGAGACAGAGAGACUAGAACAGCCUGAUCCCCUCUGUCUCCAUGGUGGAGUGUAGAGAGACAGAGAGACUAGAACAGCCUGAUCCCCUCUGUCUCCAUGGUGGAGUGUAGAGAGACAGAGAGACUAGAACAGCCUGAUCCCCUCUGUCUCCAUGGUGGAGUGGAGAGAGACAGAGAGAGACUAGAACAGCCUGAUCCCCUCUGUCUCCAUGGUGGAGUGUAGAGAGACAGAGAGACUAGAACAGCCUGAUCCCCUCUGUCUCCAUGGUGGAGUGUAGAGAGACAGAGAGACUAGAACAGCCUGAUCCCCUCUGUCUCCAUGGUGGAGUGUAGAGAGACAGAGAGACAGAGAGACUAGAACAGCCUGAUCCCCUGCUGCCUCCUGGAAGGACAGGAGUGUAGAGAGAUGGAAGACACACAGGGAGGACCGGGCGCUGUGGAGCCAGGACGCCACGAUUGCGUCUCCAACUCUAACCCUCCAUCCUUGUCCGCUGUUGCUGGUGCUAACAGUGGUAACCGUGACAACCCAGGCUGUAUUUGGUAGGAGCUGUACACAGACAGAAAACUAGUUUAUGCACAACUGACAACAUGGACGUCUGGGGAACUUUGUUCUAGAACUUUCUACAUGUUCUAAUGACUAUGGACAAAGGAGGUCCAUGGCUGACGACGUCUCCUCAGAGUCAAUACAGCGCCAUUCUAGUCAAGGGAAUACAUGCUGCAGUCCUAACUACGGUCUACUUGGUAGACUGUCUCUACGGACUGUGUUCAGUCUACUAGUGGUAAACCUCUCCCACCCAUCUCCAACCUGCUAAACUCUUCAAUGAAACCGAGGGAGAAGUGCUUCUUUAGUUAUAGACGCUAACCCCUAUUCUGUUCGGUUCUAAACACUAUGCACAGGUUCAAGAGAUAAUUGCUGCCAGAAUCUGAAAGUACUAUUUAGCUCUGUUUCAGUUAGCUUGUAUAGUGAACAAUGAAUGGCCAGCAGCACUAGUAUCUCUACUGUGUUCAGCCUUGGCUGGGGUCUGUGUUUUCCUGCUAUAAGAAGCUAGGGAUACAGAACUCAAUCACAGAACUGAGAUUUCACCGUGCCUCCAGUUAUGACUAAUGUAGUUGUGGUUGUUGUGAUCUGGGAGUCUGAGUGGACUGGGUGUGAAUGGAAACUCACCUUGAUCACGCUGCUUCUCUUUGAUGAUUUUGAGCUUUUUAACUUGAUUUGCCAUUUUCUUUUAGGGGGCUAUAUUUUUCGAUGUUGUAAAGAAGUUCUGACUGAAGUACAAUGAACCUUGCCCUUUGGCCUCAUCAUCCUUAUCCCUUAUAGCAUAUUGAUCCAUCUGCGUUGACAGUUGACAUAGCAUAUUGAUCCGUCUGCAUUGAAAGGUUGACAGUUGACAUAGCAUAUUGAUCCAUCUGCAUUGAAAGGUUGACAUAGAAUAUUGAUCCAUCUGCAUUGAAAGGUUGACAGUUGACAUAGCAUAUUGAUCCAUCUGCAUUGAAAGGUUGACAGUUGACAUAGCAUAUUGAUCCAUCUGCAUUGAAAGGUUGACAGUUGACAUGGCAUAUUGAUCCAUCUGCACUGAAAGGUUGACAGUUGACGUAGCAUAUUGAUCCAUCUGCACUGAAAGGUUGACAGUUGACUUUCCCCUAUUUAAUGCAGUGUUAUAUUAGAGAUGAGUUGAGACAUCAUGGUGCGGUCACACCAUAGUGAAACAUCAAGGAAUAUAAAGGAUUAUAUUUAAGGGGUGAGUAUACCAACUGGGAACAAGUUCUUCUAUGCCAUUUAUUCCCUGUUCCACGUUCUUCCCCUCACAAGACCUGGUGAACCACUAUAUUAAUAAUAUAGCCAUCUAGCACACACUUUUAUCCAAGGACAUACAUUUUACUUGUGGGUGGUCCCAGGAAUCGAACACACUAUCAAGACUAACACCCAUAUCACCUGUUUUUACCAAUAAAGGCACUCUACUUUG